AUGUUAGAAACUGCUGAGUAAUAAUGAUUACAUCUUAAAUAAGUUAUUUAUUAAGUCAUGUUGUCUUAGGAAACAUAAUAAUAAGCUCUCCCCGUAUUUAAUACUUGUGAAUAUGGCGUCUGCAUCUAACAACGAGUCGGUGCUGGAGGAAAUCAGGGCUCAAGUAAAAUCGUAUCACUUUCCUUUGGACGAAGUACCUAGAUUAAAUUGUCACGAUCCAAGAGCAGAACGCCUGAUACAAAAUGAGGAGCCUGUGAUACUGACUGACACCAACCUUGUUGCAUCAGCACUUCAGUGGGAUGCAAAUUACCUUGGAGAACACAUAGGAAAUAGUAAUUAUACUGUUUACUUUUCAAACACACAUAAGUUUUUAUAUUAUGAUGACAAAAAAAUCUCUAAAGUACCCAGUUUUGUGCCACCUACAAGACACCAAGAUCUGACUUUUCAAGAAUUCCUGCGGAAGAUGAACAAAUGGAAAAAUGGUGAUCCUUGGAUGUACCUUCAGCAGUCACUUAAUAACACAGUGGGGCCCCGAAUAGUGCAAGAUUUUACAGCAUUCAACUGGACAUGGGUGACAGAACAGCAGCGCAAAAACAAGUGGGGUCCUCUUACUUCAAAUCUUUUGCUGGUGGGCAUGGAAGGUGUGAUAACUCCAGUGCACUAUGAUGAGCAGCAGAAUUUCUUUGCCCAGAUCCAUGGCUAUAAACGCUUCCUUCUUUUUGAACCAGGCAUGUUUCCAUGCUUGUAUCCAUACCCAGUCUAUCAUCCACAUGACAGACAAAGCCAGGUUGAUUUUGAUAAUCCUGACUUUGAGAAGUUUCCGAAACUGCCAGAGUUACGGGGUCAGCAAGCAAUAUUAGCUCCUGGGGAUGUUUUAUAUUUGCCAGUUUACUGGUGGCAUCAAGUUGAGUCUGUUCCAGAAAGAGGAAUGACUAUUUCAGUGAAUUUUUGGUAUAAGUCUGCGCCAACAGAAAAAGUUGUUUACCCUCUGAAACCCCAACAGAAGGUAGCCAUGAUGAGAAACAUAGAAAAGAUGAUCUGUGAUGUUUUGGUCAAUGUUGAAGAGGUUGGACCUCUUAUGCAGUCAAUGGUGCUUGGUCGUUACACAUGAUGUGAAUUUGUGAAAGUUACUUGAGGCAAAAAAUCAUUACAGUGGCUGAUUUUGAGUAGGAAUAUUUCACUUGUUGUUGAAGGCACAUAUAUGGUAGUUAUCUGUUUUUUGUGAUGUUUCUCUCAAACUAAACUACCAUGGGUUGAACAGAAAUGAGAAGGAUUGUGUAAAGGAAACAAGAAACUGAAGAGUCUCUCUAAACUCUUUAAAUUACCUUCUAUUUUUCUGCUUUUAUUUUAGUUGGGCUGACACUAGUAGCAUUUUUCAAUAUAUGCCACAAAGGCUGCUGGAGAAUCCCACCCUUCAAAAAAGGAAAAAAAAUAUCACUGAGUGGCUGCAAACAAUGAAAUAUCAAAAUUUCUAGUCUUACCAUGGUUUGCUGCUACCUUUAUAAAAUAAUCAUAUUGUAAGCUGAAGCUAAGCUUGAUAUUUAAGGCAUUUGAGCAACAUAAUGCUGUUAUUAGUCUGUGGGUUCAAAACCAACUGCAGUGGAUAUUACUUCAGUGAAUAUGAAUAUGCUUUGUCGAUGAUUCAAAAAUAUCAGGUGCAAAUACAUCAAGGAGAGCUAAAUAUAGUGUCACCAACAAAAUAAAAACAGUCUUCUUACUGUGUAUAUAAAAAGCACCAUCAUCUAAAAAGCAUAAUGUGUCAGAUUUUUUUUUUCUAGCCAUGUCAUUGACACUGCCAAUUGUUGGAAAUAUGGCCCAUGAAUGUGUGGUUUUAGUAUGUCCUGUUCUCUUGUUAUGGUUUACUUGAACACUUGUCAAAACAUUGCAUUCCUCUGUAGCUGAACUGUAAAUAGUUAACCUUAUGGGUGAGAGAGGCUUAAAGAAGAGGGAGGUAGGGCAAUGUUCUUUCAAGGGGAUAAAAUGUUGAGAGUUCUAUCCUCAGAAGGGAAAGAAAAAAUGUUAUCAUUAAGACUUUCCUUAAAAUGGCUUCACAUUUUAUCUGUAAAGAACAGAUAUAACAUGGCUGAGAAACACAAGUCAAUAAAGUUGUCAUCUGUUUCAAUAAAAAGUUUUAUUUUUAAUUUUCAAAAUAUCAAAACAGUAAUCAAAGUUACUGAGUAAGCAACUUAACAUGCUUUAAUGUUGGUUUUGAUUACCAGGGUGAUAUGCAAAAGAAUGCAUAACGCUGUUUGACCCUUUUGACCUAUGUCAGGCAAGAAAAGCGAUUAAAGAAAUCAAAUCCUGUAUAUAUAUAUAUAAUGAUAAAAACUCAUGAUUCUUUAUGAGGUGCUGUGCAUUUAUAUUGUCUUAUCAUUGAUCUUUCUAUACAAUUUAUUUCCUAAUUGCUUCAGUCUUGGCAGAAUGAUAAGUGAUGUUUUAUAGUUAAGUGUACAACUAUGUACAACUACAUUGUUGUGAUGUUACUUGUGCCAACCAUAAUCAGAACGUGAUGCACUGUUUUUGAUUAGUGCUUUAUGUGGUGUGUACAUUGUUUGGGAGAGCGAGUGUGUGUGUGUGUGUUUUACUCUGGGAGGGAGGGACUAUUGAAUGAUCUGCAUACGAUUCCUUUGUUAUGUGGUGUUUCCUCUCAUAAAUACAAAAAUAUAAAUUCAUUUUGUCAUCACUGUGUACAAGUAUUUGCUUAUUAAAUGACCAAAACUUACACCUGUAAAAAUGACUCAGAGACAAGAGAAGUGUAAAAGAAAGAUAUACUUGUAGCCUUUGUAUGGCUUGGUAUAUAGCAUGAAUUGAAAACACUGUUGUGACAGAUACUUCAGGAAUCAGCAGUGAAAUGUGAUUGUUUAAGUAAAGUGACAUAUCAGGGUUUUUUUCAGGGAAUGGCAUCAUUUUUUUUCUCUUGAUAUAUGCCAGAAGUAGAUUAGGUAUAUAAAAACUUUUCUUGUUUCAUUUUUUUAAAUGAAAUUUCACUUAUUUAAGUUGUUUUCUUCCUUUAUUUCUCAUAAUGCCAUAUUUCUAGUACGAUGUUUCAGCAUUUGACAUUUUUAAAACUCAGAAAUAUUUUAUGUUAGAAGUGCUUUGUUUUUCUUAAAGAAUUGAACAUCAUAUAAUGUUUCUGCCCUGUAACUGCGAUUUUCAUAAAUCAUUUUCUUUGAAAGCCAUGAAUGCUUAAAUCAAAUGUUGAGGUGACACAAUCAUUUGUAAUUACUAACAAAAUAUCGAUGUGUACACAAGUUUGGCCUUGACAGUGUUUUGUUUUCCCAUUUUUGUAUUCAUUCAAAAGUUAGGGAUACACCGGAUAUGUUUUCGUGUUUGCUAGCAGAUUAUGUGUGCAUAGCUUUUGGCGGGCAGAUUUUAGAUGAUAAUUUACCUAUUUACAAACCAGUUUUGAAUCUAGUUUAGCCUGGCAGAAGGUCCAUAUUUAGAGUAUGCAACUUUCCCCCUUUUGUGACACCUGAUAUCAUGAUCAAGAAUUUUUCAUAUUAUUUAUACAUAUUUUCAGUAUUUAUUGGUAUUUGCAUUCAAGUGUGUCUGCGCUAUGCAAGCAGUUAUUUUUUUUAAAAAGUUGAAGCUUUACAAGAACUCAGCUUAAAAAAAUUUAUGUAGCUAUUUUUCCAAAAAUUAUGAUAGGUUUUGUUUUCUUGAUGGUAGAUAUAGAAAGAGUUUAAUAUAAAUAUCAUGUAUUGUGAUGAUGAUGAUCUCUUGUAAUGCACAGGUAUCCUUGAAGCUGCUCAUUGUACAUAAGGAGAAAUGACAUGACAGUAAAAGGGGCAUAGCGAGAACAGGAGAGAGAUUGGUGCUGGUAGGGUUGACAUUUGACAGCGUAGAUGAUAAACAGCUGAGUAUUGAGCCACUUGUGGACUGCAUGUUACAGCACAGAAUGUAGAACAUUGUCUGGCAUAGGAGCUGUAUUCUGCAAUGCCCUGGCCCCGAGACGCUUUUUAUUGGUCUCCCCUGGAGCUAAAAAGGACAAAAGCAGGACUACAAGGCCAAUCAGAGAUGGUGAACAAAUACUCAUACAUGAGUACAAUCUUCCGCAAGUACUUUGAACUGUAUUUUCAUAUGUACGAGGUGUAGGACAAGAUGUUACAGACAAUAUGCUUUUGUACUGAAAGAUGUGACUGGAACAAAUAUGUUAAGCAGCUUUAGACUCUCCCUGCUGUCACUUGAAUCUCCAAAAGGCUGUCAGUGUGCACAGACAGACCCACAAUGCACCAUUGCAAUAAUCUACUCUGGACAUGACAAGUCAGAGUAACAAAGUUUGAUGCUGUCUGAGUAAGCAUGGGAUGAAGAAUGUGCAGAUGAUAACAGUUCCUGAUGACAGGACUGACAUGCACAGACAGUUCAUUCUUAAUGACCAGUCCAUGCUUCUGUCAUCUGUGACAGCUGUGUUCCCCCCUCUCCCGCCCAUUCAUUCCAAUGUUUGACAGAAAUAUGCAAGCAUAACAGUCCGUCUUAGUUUCUGCAGGUAAUUCCAGAAUUGAAGCAACUGUGACCUGCAGAAAACUUGCAUCUUUAAGCACUUUUCUCUAAUAGUUUAACCUAGCAUUGGCUGCAGCCUUCAUGACAUCAGAAAUGUGAAUUAAGGUCAAUCCACAUGCUUGAGUAAAAAAAAAAAAUUACUUAAAUUUUAAAAUAUUUUUUGUAACAGCUGCAUGCUUUUCUGACUUGGUAACGGCUUUGAUCCUUAGUUUAUGUACGACUUUCAUGUUUUUUUAAAAAGUAUAAAAUAAUUGUAAACACCAAAGUGUUUUUUUUUAUCAUAUAAUUUCUCAAGCUUAAGGUAUAGUAGAGGGUUAUUUUUGAAAAUAAAUGGUUGAGUUUUGUACAAAAUACCAUUUCCUAGAAUCUGAUCGAAUAACACCCUUCUGUUUUCAUGUUUUUUGUUAUCUUCACUUGCUGUUUUACUGUGAUGAGAGGGGGUAAAAGAGAGAUUAAAAAAAGGGGAUAAUGUAUGUUUAGGGAAAAAAACAAAAUUUGCAUCACCUUGCUCAUUUUCAGAAUGCUCUUGAAAAGUAUUAUUUGCAGUUGUAAGUACAUCAUAGGUUGCUGCUCAUAUUGGUCUUAAAGAAAAUUUUUUUUAUAUAGAAAAAAAAAUGUGCUAUUGAUACCUCAGACAGUGUUUAAUGAUCAUUUGAGUAUUGUUUCCAUGAAAAACACUUUGUUUAAUAGAUCCAGGAGCAGUUUAAAAUUUAGAUGGUAUCUCUUCCCUUACAGUUUGCACCCUCAAAUACAAACAUCUUCAUAGCUGUAGCUCAAGUGCAUCUGUGCAUCCAUAUUCGAUGAGGCAUACAAUUGGGGAGAUUGCAAGAAAUAUCAGUAAAACAAUAACCUGCAUUAGGAAGCAACAAAAGGAAUUGUACAAAAUGCAAAUUGUAGUACAUCAUUUUAAAAAAAUUAAGUUUUUGAAUGGAAGAUAUCUCCAUUUUAUGUUUCUGAAUAUGAUAAAAUAAUUUUUAUUUAAAAAAAAUGAUGUAUAAAGCAACAUGAUUUCUUAAUGGUGUUGAGUUUUGGCUUUUUUGAAUCACUUCCCUCCAUCUCUUUUUGUAACUAAAAUUGCAUUUUCCUGGCUGGUAUAAUAGCAAGUUUUAACUCUUUGAAAGUCUUUCAUGUAUCAUCUAUUUAUGCCAUGUGUUGAAAUGUUCUUAUCAUUUAACAAAAAAACUGAAAUAAAUAUUUACUAAAAACUAA